AUGUGGCAAAACAAAUCAACAGUCAUGAAGACCGGAAAAUUGCAUAACCUGAAAAAGGAAUACGAUCGCAUCAAGGAUUUUGAUGAUCACGCUCUUGAAUUGAAGAUGCGCGAAGCUCGUUUGAAACACUUGUUCAAUGAAAUUGAAGAAAUCAAAGGAAAUAUAUUAAAAAAACGUCAUCUAAUAAAGAUCAAGGAUGCGAAAAGUGACCUAUCAUUAUUUCGGGGCACCGCAUUAAGAACGCAUAAGAAUAUCUUAGAAUUUAAAAAAAGUUAUCCCCAUAAAAGCGAAACAAUUCAAACAAAGUUGACUACCACCGCAACAAAUCAUUUAAUGAAUAAUGAAAACAUGGAAAAUGUUGCGCCGAAUAAACGCUUUAAAUUGAAUAUGAGCUCAAGGAAAUCGCAAUUAGAUAUGCGUGAUCGUCAGAGUAAAGCGAAUUUAAUGAGACGUCUCAACUACGGCAAUAGAAUAUCGCGAUUAAAUAUGCAACGGAUACUUAUAAAUAAUUUACGCAAAGAGAUUUACGCAAUGGAAGGUGGCGAAGAGAGAAUGCAGGAACGCGUUAAUUAUACCAGCAGCGCUUCUAGCAAUUGUUUUGCCAAAAUUCCAAAACGUCGCAAGAAGGAUGACAUUGCUCUGCAACAAACUCUUCAAGGUGACUCCAGCAGGACUUUAAUACCAAGUGUGUUCAAUGAGGGUAAAACCUUACACACUGCUCCAAAUCAAAAACGUAGUAUAGAGGAUAGCAGCACCGAAGCCUGCACUCUUGAAGGUCGAACUUUUAGCGAGAUGAUUUACUCAUGCCUUUCGUCAGAAAUAUUUGAUUGGAGUCGAAUCUUUUGA